AUGACCCGAACCAUCUUCCUUGCUUUCGGUCUGGCUUUCGCAGGAACUGCAUUGUCGCAGACUGCUCCUUCAUAUGGACAGUGCGGUGGUACUGGAUGGUCAGGACCUACUACCUGUCCUUCAGGAUGGACUUGCACAUUCUCAAAUCAAUGGUAUUCGCAGUGUCUUCCAGGCGCCGCAACGACAACAUCGUUCCCUGGAAGCGGAACCACGACUAUAGACUCAUCACCGGGUGGUGGUAUCAGCACAACCAAAGGGCCAGGUGGCCCAGCGCCAACGCUCACCCCAGGAUGGAAUUUCAUUCGCGCCGUCACUUCGCCCAACUUCCACAAGUAUUUGCAGUCUGAAGUUCCCAACACUGUUUCUGAUGCCGUUCUCGGAGAGGCGGUAACCGCCGCCCAAUUCCAAAUUACCGAUGGUCAAUUGAUUCAUAAAGGAGAUACACCUCUAUAUGCUGUCGUUGAGCCUCGCGCAAAUUCCACAGUUUCGAAGCUUAAAGUGUCCUGGUCCAAGUCCAAAGAUACACUUGGCGCAUUCAAGUUUAGUGGCGACACUGUAGAAUGGACCUCAUCAGCAAUAACAAGGCCUCAGAGCAAUGCCUGGCUUAUUUGUGCUGACAGUAAGGGGAAUAGACAUGUGUACAUCAACCUUGGCCCGUAUGGAUAUCAAACACCAAAUGGCUGCAAUGACCACACGAUUCAUGGUUUCACUGGAACUACGCCAGAUUAA